AUGUCCGACAAUGACGCCGCCGCCGUCUCCCGCAUCAGCUCCAUCACGAGCGCGAGCCACAGCACCGACAGCAGCACCCGCUCGACGACAACGGUGAGGCCCACGCCCUCGACGCCCGCCUCGUCCGCGCGCCGCGGCUCCAACCACCAACCCCAGAGCCACAGCCAGAGCGGCCGCCACAACCACCACCACAUGCGCAUCAGCACGGACGAGAGCAACAGCCCGUAUCACGCCAGCCGCAGGAGGGCCUCGAGAGACGACGGCCAAGUGUCGCCGACGUCGACGACUGCCGCCGGCCGCGGCCCCCUCUCGCCCUCAUCGACGACGUCGAGCGUCUCCGUGCCCGACCGCCGCCUCAGCGACCUCACCAACUACCGCCGCGACCUGGCCGCCAUCGACGGGUCGCAGGGAGGAGGCUCGCGCAAUGCCUCGAUAGGCGGCAGCGCGGGCGGCGGCAUCUCGCUGGCCAGCACCAGCUCGUACGCGGCGCCGUGGAUGUCGAUGGGGGGCAGCGUGCCGUCGCGCGGGCUGCCGACAAGCUUCUACAACGACUCGAGCGACAGCCUGUCGGUGGCCUCGCAGCUGUCGCCCGCGCUGCCGUCGUCGGCAACGUUUGGUGGAGCGUCAGCAUCAUCGGCGUCGGCAUCUGCAGCACCGUUCCACGCUGGAGCACCGUCCGCCGCAGCAGCAGGCCUAGCAGGCCCCGCCCGCCCAUUCGCCGCACCACAACCGCCGCUGGGGCCUGGGGCGCCCCACGAGUCGCCCGACGCGGCCUAUUUCAGUCCCGACGCAAGGCGACCCUCGGUGGCUAGCGUCACCACAACGGCCAGCAGCCAGGGCUCCAAGGCUAGCGUCACCCGUGGCGGCUUCCGCAAACUCCAGGGCUUUUUCGGUGAGGAGUUUCCUGGCCGCGACAGCUCCGAGAGCAGCCUCCCCAUCUCGCUCGGCAAGGACCAGCGCUCGCGGUCCUACAGCCAUACCAGGCCCUCGCAUCGCGACCGCAACUACUCCAAUGCCACGGAUCCUCGCGACGCCUCGCCUUCCUCGUCGCGGCCGCGAACCCCUGUGCCCGCGCCCGAGGUCGUCCCCUUUCUCUACCAGGACAAUACUGACAUUGCGCGGUACGGCGAGGCGCCCGUCCGAGAUUUCAUGACCGGCCCCGACCGAGAACGAUACGCCAGCACCGAAAGCACAACGUCACAGGUGCCGCCCAAGUCCUCCUCGUCUGCGCGAUCCGGCGGCGUGCACCUCCCGGGCCACCACUACCACCGCCACAAUAAAAGCAAUGAGGACCCGCGAACACUGAGGCCGAGCGUCAGCAGGGAAGAUACGCUCGCUACAAGCUACCCCCGCGAACGGGGUCCGUCGGUCCCCAUGAACAUUCAACGGUCAAGGGCGCAUAGCCCGACCCCGAGCGCCAUCAGCGGCCCGCCCCCGGGUUCCAGGUCCGGCCAUGCCGACGGCCAGACCUCGCCUGGUCAUCAUGGCAAACGGGGUCUGCUCGGUCGCCUGCGGAGGCACAAGGACAAGGACGAUGGGUCCAAGCUGCGCGACAUGCCCUCGUCGACCAGGUCUCUGCAGCCCAAGGGAUCGCGGGCGGACAUUUCGCGGGCGGACAUGUCUCCGUCGCCUUUCCCAGGCGCCUACUGGCCCAGCGCGUCGGAUAUGAGUGACUCGCAGGACCCUCGCGCGGCGGCGCAGCGGGCGGCGACUUUUAACAACAAGUUCCCGUUUUCUAAGAAGGGCCGCACGCAGCGAGGCAUCGACUACACCGAAGAAGCCAUCGGGCCCACCGACCGAAACGACCCGGGCCAUGUAUACCAUCUCGACACAAACCUCAACGACAUGGAGGGUAUCCUGACCAAGCCUCCCCAGCUACCCCCGAUGGACGUAUCCUUUGUCAACAGCCUCUAUGGCGACCGCAAGGAAUCGCUCGCUGAGCCCAAGGGCGGCUGGGAUGCCCCAGACAGCUGGGCCGUCCGUCGCGGCACCGAGGAGCGGUCGAAUCAUACCACCGACGUGGACGAGAUUGGCAGCCCGCCACGGCCAGAGGAGAAGCUGGCGCCAUAUUUCAUUCGCAUCUUCCGGUCCGACGGCACGUUUUCCACGCACUCGAUGGCUCUAGACUCGACCGUCACCGACGUAAUCUCUCAGGUUGUCAAGAAGACGUAUGUUGUGGACGGCUUGGAGAAUUACCACAUUAUUAUGAAGAAGCACGACUUGAUACGUGUUCUGACGCCUCCCGAGCGGCCAUUGCUCAUGCAGAAGCGGCUGUUGCAGCAGGUCGGGUACGAAGAGAAAGACAGGAUAGAAGAGCUAGGACGUGAGGACAAUGGCUACCUCUGUCGGUUCAUGUUCCUGUCCGCCAGAGAGAGCGACUUUCACGCUCGGACGACCGACCUUGGCAUCACUCGCUCUCAAAAGCUCAACUACGUCGACCUCUCUGGCCGCAAUCUCGUCACGAUUCCCAUCUCUCUCUACCUCAAGGCCUCCGACAUCAUCUCUCUGAACCUGUCGCGCAACCUGUCACUGGACGUACCGCGAGACUUCAUCCAGUCCUGCAAACACCUCAGAGACAUCAAGUUCACCAACAACGAAGCAAGGAAGCUGCCUCUGAGUCUGGGUCGGGCUGGCAAGCUGACGUAUCUCGACAUCUCCAACAACAGAGUCGAGCAGCUUGAGCACGCCGAACUAGGGGGCCUCACUGGCCUCCUCAAGAUGAACCUUGCCAACAACAGACUGACUCACCUACCCCCGUCCUUUGGCGCGUAUCAGGCGCUAAGAAGCCUCAACAUCUCUUCCAACUUCCUCGAUAUGUUCCCGCCCUUCCUUUGCGAGCUGCACAGCCUCGUAGAUCUCGAUCUCAGCUUCAACGCCAUUGCGACCUUGCCUGAAGAGAUUGGCAACCUGAAGAACCUCGAGAAGCUUCUCAUCACUAAUAACCGACUCUCAGCAGAGGUUCCGCACGGCUUCCGUCAGCUCAUUAGCUUGCGUGAGCUCGAUAUCAAGUACAACUCCAUCACGAGCAUCGACAUCAUCUCGGAGCUUCCCAAACUGGAGCUUCUGUAUGCCGCCCACAACCACGUCUCCUCCUUUGUGGGCAGGUUUGAACGCAUUCGCCAGCUGAAGCUCAACUCGAACCCUCUGAACAAGUUUGAGAUUAUCGAGCCGGUGCCGACCCUGAAGACUUUGAAUCUGUCACACGCCCAGCUGGCCAGCAUUGACUCGGCCUUUUCCAAUAUGAUGAACCUGGAGCGCCUUGUUCUGGACAAGAACUAUUUCGUUUCCUUGCCACAGCAGAUUGGAGCCCUGAGCAGGCUUGAGCACUUCAGCAUCGCGAAUAACUCGGUGGGCGAGCUGCCGCCGCAGAUCGGGUGCCUCACUGAGCUGCGCGUCCUUGAUGUUCGCGGCAACAACAUCUCCAAGCUCCCCAUGGAGAUUUGGUGGGCAAACAAGCUUGAGACGUUCAACGCAUCGUCCAACGUACUCGAGGUGUUCCCCAAGCCGGCAUCGAGACCCCCUCGGCUGCCAGGAGAAGACUCGUCCGGGCCGCCUCCGGUGCAGAAUGGCAAGGCUCUGCCGCUGGCUACGCUGCCAUCCACCCCGAGCUCCGAAGAACUCUCGGACGAGCGGAGGCCAAGCCAGGCGUCCAGCACCCUGCUCAGUGUUGGCCCGUCACCGGUCCAAAACGGGGAGAACCGGAAGAGCUCCGUCGUUUCUGUCUACGGCAAGGGCGGCCGGAAGACAUCCGUCGUCUCUAGAGCCGCGUCACAGGGGACACAGGGAACAGCGUCUAGUAGCACGCCACCGGCAACCGUGAGGAAAGACUCAGGUUUGUCCUCGAGGUUAACAAACACCUUUGCGGGGUCUCUGCGCAACUUGUACCUCGCCGACAAUCGCCUGGAUGACGAUGUAUUUGACCAGAUCACGUUGCUGAGCGAGCUUCGGGUCCUGAAUCUGUCGUACAACGACGAGAUUAGCGACAUGCCCCAGAGAUCCAUCAAGAGCUGGCCGCAACUGGUGGAGCUGUACUUGUCUGGCAAUGGUCUUACGACCGUUCCGGCGGACGACUUGGAGGAGUCGAGCCUUCUUCAGGCGCUGUAUAUCAACAGCAACAAGUUCACCAACCUGCCGGCCGACAUUUCUAGGGCCAAGAAGCUCGCGGUCCUCGACUGCGGCAGCAACUCGCUGAAGUACAAUAUUUCCAACGUGCCUUAUGAUUGGAACUGGAACCUGAACCCGAACCUACGAUACCUCAACCUGUCCGGCAACAAGCGGUUAGAGAUCAAGCAGACUGCUUGGGGAGGCAUCGACGGGCCGGGCGCCGUGAACCGGGAACAGUACACGGACUUCAACCGACUGGUGAACUUGAGGGUCCUGGGCCUGAUGGACGUCACCCUGACACAGCCAAGCAUUCCGGAUCAGAGCGAAGAUCGUCGUGUGCGCACGUCUGGCUCGCUGGCCGGCCACCUCCCUUACGGCAUGGCCGACACGCUCGGUAAGAACGAGCAUCUGUCGACAGUCGAUCUGGUCGUACCCCGCUUCAACUCGGCCGAGACGCAGAUGCUCUUGGGGUUGUUCGACGGACAAGCCCUCUCUAGCGGCGGCUCCAAGAUUGCCAAGUACCUGCACGAGAACUUUGGGCACAUCUUUGCCUCGGAGCUUAAGAACCUCAAGCUCCGCUCAGGCGAGACCCCCGCCGACGCUCUGCGUCGGGCAUUCCUGGCACUCAACAAGGACCUCGUGACCAUUGCCGUCCAGCACACUGAAGAGCGGCCCAAGACGACGCAUAGGGGAUCGGCGCAGCCGGUCGUUCUGAGCAAGGAGGACUUGAACUCGGGUGGCGUCGCCACUGUCGCCUACCUUGAGGGCACCGAGCUCUACGUCGCCAACGUCGGCGACGCGCAGGCCAUGGUCAUCCACACCGACGGGAAGCACCAGAUGCUCACACGCAAGCACGAUCCCGCCGAGCCAUCGGAGCGAUCCAGGAUUCGCGAAGCGGGCGGAUGGGUGUCCCGAAACGGACGCCUCAACGACUUGCUUCAAGUCUCGAGGGCAUUUGGAUACGUCGACCUGAUGCCGGCGGUGCAAGCGGCGCCGCAUGUCAGCAACAUGACCAUCAAGGAGCACGACGACAUCAUCCUGAUGGCGACAAGCGAGCUCUGGGAGUAUCUCGAUGCCAAUCUGAUCACGGAUAUCGCCAGGGCUGAGCGAACGGAUCUCAUGCGCGCCGCCCAGAAACUCCGAGACCUUGCCAUGGCGUAUGGUGCGUCGGGUAAGAUCAUGGUGAUGAUGAUUAGCGUUGCGGACCUCAAGCGACGCGUUGAGCGGUCGCGCCUGCAUCGCGGCACCAGCAUGUCACUGUACCCGUCAGGCGUGCCGGACGAGGCGCAGGUGCUCUCGACGAGAAGAGGUCGCAAGGCCAAGGGCGACGUGCUGGACUCGUCUCUCAACCGGCUCGAAGCCGAGAUUCCCGCGCCGACGGGCAACGUCGCCAUCAUCUUCACCGACAUCAAGAACUCGACGACGUUGUGGGAGAUGUACCCCAGCGCCAUGCGGUCCGCGAUCAAGCUUCACAACGAGGUGAUGCGCCGUCAGCUCCGGCGGAUCGGAGGGUACGAAGUCAAGACCGAAGGCGAUGCCUUCAUGGUGUCGUUCCCCACAGCCACUUCGGCGCUGCUGUGGUGCUUCGCCGUGCAGCUUCAACUCUUGGACGUCAGCUGGCCGUCUGAGAUCCUCAACUCAAUGUCUGGCCAGCCCAUCAACGACAAGGACGGCAGUCUCAUAUUCAAGGGCCUGUCGGUGAGGAUGGGCAUCCACUUUGGCGGAGACUGCGUGAGCGAAACCGAUCCGGUCACUCGGCGCAUGGACUACUUCGGGCCCAUGGUGAACAAGGCGUCUCGUAUCUCGGCAGUGGCCGACGGUGGUCAGAUUACUGUGUCAUCAGAUUUCAUCAGCGAGAUCCAGAGGUGUCUGGAGAACUAUCAAGACACGGAGCGCCACAGCUCCGUUGGGUCCGAGGAGGCGUUCGACGAAGAGUCAUACGCGUCGGCGAUUCGCAAAGACCUGCGCUCGCUCACGUCCCAGGGUUUCGAAGUCAAGGAGAUGGGCGAGAAGAAGCUCAAGGGCCUGGAAAACCCAGAAGUGGUCUACUGCCUGUACCCGCACGCCCUGGCUGGCCGCAUCGAGUACCACCAGCAGCACGAGCGCCGAGAGGAGGGCACCGACAAGCCGGCCAUCUUGGCUCCUGGAGCUGAGCUGGCGUUUGACCCCGAGACCAUCUGGGCCUUGUGGAGAGUCAGCCUGCGGCUGGAGAUGAUCUGCAGCACGCUCGAGGAGAUUAGGGGUCCCGGGCUGCAGCCACCCGAGACGGAGCUCCUGGAACGAAUGAAGUCUAGAGGCGGCGAGGUGACAGACAGGUUCCUACUCAACUUUAUGGAGCACCAAGUGAGUAGGAUAGAGACCUGUGUCUCGACUCUGGCCAUGCGACACAUCGCCAUCGGCGGCGGUGUGCUUCGGGAGCUCAACGACCUGCGGGCGCCCAUGGCAUCCGUGCUUGACUUCUUCGUGAAUCAGCAAAAGGAGCUGGAGCAGUACCGCAAGAUGUACGGUGCUCUGCCCCAAUCUAAUGGCGCCAGUGGCCCUGCGCGAUUGAACCAGGUGGUGGAGGUAGAAGAGGAUCACGAGGACAUCAACGGGGGAGACCAAGGCGAGAAUGGUAUCGAAACAGACAGUGACACGGAGCACGGUUGA